AUGCCUGAACGAACUCCAAGACCCAUGAAGAAAACGAGCGUUUUCAGCAAGAGAGGAGGUGGUAAUACCGCCUUCCGCAACUUCAAUAAUGACUUCUCCCACAUAACCGACUUAAACGAGCGUCGUCGCCUUGCCCUCGCCGAGAUCGACAAGGCCCCAUUCGGCCGGCGCCAUAUCCGCGCUAUUGUCGUUGCUGGUGUUGGCUUCUUCACUGAUUCGUAUGAUAUCUUUGUCGUCUCUACGCUGACCAUUAUGCUCGGUAUUGUAUACUAUGGUGGCACACUACCAACCAGCUCUGAUACCGCCAUCAAACUAUCAACAUCUGCUGGCACUGUUGUUGGCCAGCUUGGCUUUGGUGCUUUGGCCGAUGUUGUCGGUCGCAAGCGCAUGUACGGCCUGGAGCUCAUUAUCAUCAUUUUCGCUACUCUCGCCCAGGCCCUAAGUAGCGAUUCGCCUUCUAUGAGUGUUGUUGGUGUCAUCAUCUUUUGGAGAGUUAUAAUGGGUGUAGGUAUCGGAGGCGACUACCCCCUUUCUUCCAUUAUCACCUCCGAGUUCGCGACAACCAAGUGGCGUGGUGCUAUGAUGGCUGCUGUCUUUGCUAUGCAGGGCAUUGGCCAGCUAACUGGUGCUCUCGUCAUGCUUUUUGUUACGCUUGCUUUCAAAUCACAGACUGAGAUAGCUGAUACAACCAGUACGUGUACUGGAGCCUGCCAAGUUGCCGUUGAUAGGAUGUGGCGAAUCCUCAUUGGAUUUGGCGGUGUGCCUGCUUGUAUAGCCCUAUACUACCGUCUUACUAUCCCCGAGACUCCUCGAUAUACCUUCGAUGUCGCCCGCGAUGUUGACAAGGCUGACAAGGAUGUCAAGGCCUACAUGUCUGGCAAGCCUGAGGGGCAUACUGAAGACCUGGUUCGCGUCGAGACCCAAAUCGCCGCUCGUGAGAACCUUCAAGUCACCAAGGCCAGCUGGGGUGACUUCUUCAGGCACUAUCGCAAGCGCAAGAACUUUCUCCUCUUGCUUGGAACAGCCGGCUCAUGGUUCUGUCUUGAUGUGGCCUUCUAUGGCCUCAGUUUGAAUAAUGCAACUAUCCUCCAGGUGAUCGGAUAUUCCACCAAGAACACACAUAACGUAUACCAGUUCUUGUAUAAUACUGCCGUCGGCAACAUCAUUAUUGUCCUUGCUGGCGCUGUUCCGGGAUACUGGGUCUCGGUUGCAACGAUUGAUACCCUUGGACGCAAGACAAUUCAGCUCGGUGGCUUCAUUAUCCUGACUAUUCUCUUCAUUGUUAUGGGGUUUGCCUACUUCCACAUCUCCUCAAGUGGUCUCCUUGCUAUUUAUGUUCUUGCGCAAUUCUUCUUCAACUUCGGUCCCAACACAACGACCUUUGUUGUGCCAGGUGAAGUCUUUCCUACUCGAUACCGUUCUACCUCUCAUGGCAUUUCUGCUGCGAGCGGCAAGAUUGGGUCUAUCAUCGGGCAAGGAGCUAUUGCUCCUCUCCGAACUCACGGAGGAACGAAGGCAAAUCCGGCGCCUUGGCAGGAUCACGUCCUUGAGAUUUAUGCCCUCUUCAUGCUUCUUGGUUGUGGUACCACGCUGCUGAUCCCUGAGACCAAGAGAAAGACUCUUGAGGAGUUGAGCGGUGAAGAUGACUACACUACUACUUACCGCGAGUCUCCCACUAUCGAAGCUCGUGACUAA